CUCUGACUCUAGGAGGAUGUGGUAUUGAGGAGGAGUGCGAUGUUACUGGGUCUGUCUGUGUUUGCUGUGUUUGGAAGUCGAGUGGUUGGUUUCCCGGGAGCUGGGGGACUCUGCACUCUGGUCAUGGCCUUCCUAGCUGCGCUGGGCUGGGGGACAGAGAAGGGCCCAGUAGCAGCAGUGGUAGGGAGGUUCUGGGACAUCUUCCAGCCGCUGCUGUUUGGACUGAUAGGAGCAGAAAUCACAGUAUCUACACUGAACCCCAACACAGUGGGUCUGGGUCUGGUCUGUAUCAGUGUAGGCCUGCUGGUUCGAGUUCUGGUAACUCUCUCUGUGGUUCUGUUUGCUGGUUUCACUCUGAGAGAGAAGCUCUUUAUCGCUUUGGCCUGGAUCCCCAAAGCCACCGUACAGGCAGCGAUCGGUUCUACAGCCUUGGACAUGGCCCGUGUGUCUGGAGAUGAGGUUCUGGUGAAGUACGGUCUGGAUGUUCUGACUGUGGCGGUUCUGGCCAUCCUCACUACAGCACCUGUAGGAGCCCUGGGGAUCGGCCUGGCAGGGCCCAGACUGCUGACCAGAGACCCGGAGGACACACACGCAGACAGGAAAGAGGGCACUGAAGUGGACGCCCCAGAGUCUGUCUCAGGACCCGUGUCUAAAGGGGUGGAGCCAUGUGAGAGCAAGAUGUGAGCUCAGCCAAUCACCUUCCAGACGGCAGGGUCCAUUGACCUUUACACAUUCAGCCCUGACCCCAUCUCC